GUAACCACAAGUAACAUAUACUUCUAAUGAAAAGAAAUAGUUUUAAUACAGGGAGUGUCAAAUCACUGUCAGUUAUCGAGUAGAAAGCGGGAAACAGUAUUCAGAAGAUGAUUCGCUGACUCCUAAGUGGAACAAAUUGAUGGAGAACAGGUGUAAUGGAAAAGAUAACCUUAAAAACAAACAGUGAUUAAAGUUUGACUUGAAGUGGGGUAAAAUGUUUACAGAAAUGAUUAAAUAUGCCUGUGACUCUAGAACAAAUACCUUUGUAGAUGUUUUCUGUGAAGACAUCGUAUGACCACAGAUCUUACGAUGUUCGUUCGUAUGGUACUUCGAAGUAUAGCGCGUGCCAAUUCAUUACGUAGACCGCUUGUGGUUCGUAUCAUAAUCUCGGAUACUUUGAAGAGUCUUGACUACUUUUAGUAGCAAGUCGACGGAAAUUCGACGAGAGAAUAAAGAUGAUUUAGUUUAACAACUCGUGCGACGACGUACGAGUGUGUCAAAGAUAUAUUAAGGGUUAUCACGAAACACGACUAGGAACGGACGAUACGAACACCGAAUUAGAGGUCGUCUGCAAGGUCACGUGGCUUCGGGUUUAAAGGUGAUUUUUCAAAAGAGGGGGAUUCAUCUUUGGCGGGGAUUAAAUUGUACAUGUAAAACAUCGACGAUCAAUAGUCUAUAUAAAUGUUUUUCUAUUACAACAAAAAUUCAGCCGAAAAUAUCUGUUGGGGUUAGACUGUUUUAUAACCGACAGUGUCAUUGAUAAAAUAGAACGGACACUGCAAUUUGCUGACGGAAAAGUGGCUAGAUCCACGCGCGAUCUAGCGUUAACGGUACAGCGAUAAUCGGAGCAACUUGGAACUGUUACCGACACUCCCUCUUUUGAAAUAAUAAUUUUACAAUAUUAAUCUUUCAUGUGAUUUAGGCUUAAAAAAAUUCGAAAGCCUUUAGAAUCGAUUUUUAAAAGAAAUAUGGUCGACCAUAAUCGAAUGAGAGCAUAGAAAAUCGAGGAUUUUUAAAAUGGUGAAAAAACACGCUAAAAAAUUGUUGAAAACAGGAGACACAGGUGAAAGGGAUAAAAUAAUAUUCGAUAAAGGGAAAUUUACAUUUCAGAAUAAUGACACGUACGAGGGAGAAUACAAAGUUCAAUAUGGACAAUUUAUGAUAGUAAAACAAGGUAACGGAGUAUACACCACAGAUGAUCUUGAUGAAUACAAUGGUAAAUGGGAUGACGAUGCGUAUGCUGAAGAUAAAAUACAUAUUCGUUACAAUAACAACGCUGAGUUUCGGGGUAAUAUUGAUUCGAAGGGAACAAUGAAUGGCCCAGGAAUUUACAUGUUCCCCGAUGGAUCUUCUUUAGAAGCAAACUGGCUAAAUAAUAAACCAUUUACAAAUAUUAUUUAUAGAGAGUCUCUUGGGUUCAAAUGGGUACUUGAAUCCUUAUCAGAGAAUAUGAUCUCGUUUUCACCUGGAAAUCAUUUUUGGGAUGAUAUGGUAUUCAUCCAGGACACCGCUCAUUCUACUCACAACGAAUCUACUGGGAGCAUAUAAAGUUCACCUAGAUCUCGAUUCCACGUAUUCGCGAAAUUGUUUUUAUAUACCAUCCUCAGUCCUCGUUAAUCACCGAUGGAACCCGGAAUUCUGUUGUAGCAGGUCUAAACAAAGGAUUUUGGUUCAAACUGAAAGUAGUUUUCUGUCUAUCUAUUUCAAACUUCUGGUACUCUUGUUUGUCCUUGUAUGUGGUCCAGAAUCUAUAUAUGCACAUUACGGAGAACGCAUGCAUCAAAAACUUGUAAUUUAAUUACUGAAUACUUAAGUUUAGCGAAUACUCACUUCCAAAUUAAUAAACAUAUUGUUGCGAAGAAAAAUGUUACCGCAAUGAUUUGAAGGGACACGGAUGCUACAUUUAUAGGAGCAUUGCAUAUCUGAAAGUGAAAAUGCUCGUUAUUCGGAGUGUUCGACUACUCCGAUUAAA